AUGUCCAGCCCUGCCGACUCAAGGGCGCCGACGUCAGCUUUUGAGAGUCCCACGUUCGGAGAGGACAGCUCGUUCCAUGUAGAACAGCCUGUCGGAUCAGCGUCUAUAUCGCCAUGUGGCCGAGACGUCGUUUUAGCAUCUAGAGAGGGUCUCCACAUCAUUGAUCUUGACUCGCCGUAUUCGCCGCCUCGCUAUCUCCCUCAUCAUACUCCCUGGGAGGUUGCUGAUGUUCAGUGGUCACCGUUCGCGCAUAGAGAUUCAUGGGUCGUCAGCACGUCUAAUCAAAAGGCACUGGUAUGGAACCUCUCCAUGAGGAGUUGGGAAAACUCUAUAGAAUACGUCUUGCACGCGCAUUCACGUGCUAUCACCGAUAUCAAUUUUUCCGCCCACCAUGCCGAAAUUCUUGCUACUUGCGCAGUCGACAGCUUCGUGCAUUGCUGGGAUCUUCGGAUACCGUCUAGGCCUGUUGUCUCUUUUUCCGACUGGUUUGCCGGUGCAACGCAGGUCAAGUGGAAUCGCCAAGACCCUCAUAUCAUUGCAAGCUCUCACGACAAAUAUUUGCGAAUUUGGGAUGAUCGCAUGGGAGCCAUACCACUGAAAUCCAUAGAAGCUCACAGCACAAAAAUCUACGGUGUUGAUUGGGAGCGCACUCGAAGGGAAGGUAUUGUCACAUGCUCGUUGGAUAAAACCAUUAAAAUUUGGAACUUUGAGGGCAAAACAGACGUCCCCGAGAAGGUCAUUGAAACACCAUUCCCAGUUUGGCGUGCAAGAAAUACUCCGUUUGGCUGCGGUAUCCUCGCUAUGCCCCAACGAGGCGACAACGAUCUUCAUUUGUAUGGCCUCAGUUCAGCAGCUGAUAAUCAAUCCGCUCACACUAUGCCCCUUGUGCAUAGCUUUCCUGGACACAAGGGGCAAGUCAAAGAGUUCUUGUGGCGACCGAGAGGAACUGUUGUUAAUGGAAUCGACCAGAGAGAGUUUCAACUAGUGUCAUGGGGUGCCGAUAGAGAGCUAAGGCUACAUCGAGUCGAUAAGGAUAUCCUCCGUGGCGUGGGCUACGAAAAAGGAAAGACCGUUGAUCAUAGUCUACGACUCACCCGACUAGGUGCCACCUACAGAACUUUCCGAGACGAGCCUGUUGAAAAUCUGGAUGACUCCUUGUACGCAGAAACGGUAAUUUCUGCCAGUACUCGGCCUCAGGCCGGUGCUGCCUUCGGUUCAAACAAUGUGUCUACUCGCUAUCCUCGUGCAUCAAACCAUAAGAUUCAUAUUGAACCCAGAAUUGGCAUGCAGGGACGGUCGCAGUUCAGGGCUAAUACUAGCCCUAUCGCUUGGAUGCGAGGUGUCAAAAUAUCUGUCUGGGACAUUGAGACGUUAGGCGAUGAAAUUACACAUGUGGGCGAAAAAUUCUCCAAAGUGGAUUUUGAGUCAGUUGACGUCCGCCAGAGAAAAGUCACCAUUUCCUUGCAUGGCCCUUGGGGUGCAGAAGGCAGCUCGCUCUUUCUUAAGCUGGAUAUCAAAUUCCCCGAGGACUAUCCGCGAGUGGCAACGCCAACAUUUAAAAUUCAGAAGACUUCGGCUAUGACGAACGAACUGUCGGAGAAGAUAGUUUCCGAGUUACGCACAAUCUCAGAGACGUACAUGAGUCGAAAACGGGGAUGUCUUGAAGGUGCACUGCGUUAUCUUCUCGGAGAAUGCAGCCUCGAAGAGAGCAUUGCUUUGGUUCUCGGAGAGAAUAUAGAUACUAUCAAAUCCCCAAUUGCGGGACUAGAGGAUGACGAGUCUAGCGACGAGGAUGAAGACGUGGGUCAAUUUGAGAAACAAGAUCUCAGCAUGAGUUCCGAGUUGCUUCGCCCUGUCAAUGCCAAUGUCAUGGUUCCUGUUGCCAAGGUUUGUGGUGCUACUUGGAGCCACGACGGUCGCCUUGUCUGCUUCUUUCCACCAAAGAAAGACAAAGCCGGUUCUCUAUUCGAGUCUCUUGGCUUCAAGGAUAUAAGUCGACUUACACGAAACGACCGAGUCUUUGAAGGGUUUGGUCGCUUGCAUACAAGUUCGCCUAGCCGUCUACCUUCUAGAAAGACACUUGGCACAAUGAGCACAACAGACGAUGGCAGCUCAGAUUAUUCCGAUGACUCGGAUACAGCUUCUUCAAGCUCAUCUGAUUCAUCAGGUAUGAUACUUGGCUUGCCGAAUCGUUAUCAGAACGCAUCCAUGUGGCGUAGUGUUGGCACACUCGGAACUUACCGUACGAGGUCUGCCGAUAAUUCUCAGUUAUCUACCGUCGGCGGCCCAGCUGCCACCAUCGGUACGGUCAAAUCCUCAGAUUCUGCGCACAAUAUCAUUUCAAUUCACGAUCUCAGUGACCUACUACCUACGAAGAAAACGCUGGCUAGUCAGUACCAAAUAUUCGGACGUGGUGCAGAAGUGUGCGCGCAUAAUGCAGCAGUGGCGGCGGACUCUGGUUAUCAUCAUUUGGCUCAGGUCUGGGGCUUGCUGAAAUUGGUGUUGCAAAACCAAAGUGAUUUGCGACCUCACAAUCUCGACAUGGACGUCCUUGCUGGGCGAUUGUCUCAUGCUCAUAUCCACACUCAUCCAGGACAUACGACAGAUGGUCCUGUCAAGACAAAACAACCUCACAGAGGGGCUCUACACCGACCUAGUUUCAGUAAUAGUGCCUUUGGCGGUCGUUGGCUUAUUAAUGCGCUUUUUGAUCACUUUGAACGCAUAGGAGAUAUUCAAAUGCUCGCAAUGCUUUCCUGCAUUCUUCACGAGCAAUCCCUGCGCACCCGACUCGGCCGGCGACGUGACAAAGAGGUAUCCUUCAGUCAGCAAGCGCAUAAUCCCAUUGCCUUGGAUUUUUUCUCUUCCAGAGUCCCUGAUAGCAAGUCGCAGGCUGCGACACCGAUGACCUCAUAUUCGAGAGAUAGCGUCAAUGUUAGUGCCCUACAAAGCCCGGAGAUUCCAACGGAGCAAUGGAAUAGCAUUGGUACCACACCGCACUCUAGCUCAGCAUCUCCAAUUGCAACCCAUUCAAGGCUACUAGGGGGUCGUAAAACUCCGGCUCUCUCUAUUUCUGCGUCGCCAGAUGAUCAUAGUACAUCCAGACUUGGUUCCGGGGUAGGAACAGCGCUUGCAUCUUCACUGUCACGAUCAUUCACAUUUGGCCCUUCUGCCACCUCUUCGCCACCAGCAGGAACUACUAAGAAGAAGACUAGUCCAAUAGGGAGCAUGAACAUCCCGGCGGCUGUUACUUGGGGUGCAUCCCAGUUGAUCAACAGAGCUGUUUCGGCAAUACCAGAAUAUCUCAACUCUUCGACAGUGAUUACGUCAAGAAGCCAUUCGGAGGCCGACAGCGAAAAGAAGAAAGAGGCACGCAAACCGAUAAAAGUUCACGUGUCGCACAAGAAUCGCACAGCGUUUGACAGUGAUGAUUCCCCAGGUAGUCCAUUUAUUGACCGUAGAAGAGAAGCGUUGUUUCAGACCUACCGCAACUCGUACGCUAAUUUACUAUUCGUGUGGGAUCUGCCAAUCCAACGAAGCGAGGUGUUGAAAAUAGGCGCCUGUAUAGAGCAGAACCGUACAACGAAACAACCAUCGUCGUUCGAGAGGGGUGAUCGUAAGGAUACGACAUCUUCGAGACAAAUUACUGACGAAACUCUGGACGUUCAGCGCCAUUGCACUGAAUGCGGACAUGCGCUGUACAGAUCUGUCUUCUCUUCUGUGAGGCCAGAAGACCUCAGUGGUAAAAUGGUCAAACCGCCGCUUCCAAGAUGUCCUUCAUGUUCCGCUGUACAACCUCUAUCCGCUCACGUUGGGUGUGUAAUUUGUGGAGAAGUUGUUUCUGGAAUGUUUAUACCGUGUUUGGAGUGUGGUCACGUAUGCUGUUUUGAAUGCCACCAAGCAUGGUUCUCGCUUCAGCAACCUCGUACGGGCGAAGCGCAGAAUCUUUCUGAUUUGGUUUGUCCGAGUGCAUGUGGGUGCAGCUGCACUGAACACUCCGAGACAGUCGUCAUGCCGUCUCCCAUCGCAACACCAACUUACGAUGAGAAAGGGAACCUCGUCGGUGCACAUCAUCGCCUCAGACCUGAAAUGCCACCUCGUUCUCGACAGAGCGUCAUGGCUGGACAGACAGACGAUGACUUGGACGCAUGGCGCGGUGGUGCAAACUUCGCUCGAGGUUUAGGCAGCGGUCUCAGCCGAGUAUUGACAGCGACGGCAAAUGAACGCAGGAGGCGAACCAGUUCGUCGAACAGGAAGCCCCAGUUUGAUCGUAUCGAGACGAUGUAA